GCAUGAAGUCCUGAACCCCCGUCCAUUGCGGCUCCCAUGCGCUGCAUUCUCCCCUGAUCCCUCGAUCGAGCCAACCCCAGGCACACACGUCCGUUCACCAUGUCCUUCAAAGCCAAGGACCUGACAUACGAUUCCAAGGAACCGGCCUUCCUGCAGCGACUCAAGAACCAGUACGGAAACUCCACGGGACGCCUAGAGCGUCCGGCCGCUCGGCCGCGCUUGGCCAAACGGGAUGACGAGGACGAUGCGCCAACGUACGUCGAUGAGGAGAGCAACGAGGUCCUGACCAAGGAGGAGUAUGAGGCUCUCGUCCGAGGCGACGACCCCCAGAAGGCCGGAGAGGCGACCGAUGGCGCCACCCCCCAGCAACGAGAGGAACCGUCCGUGGGGGACAAUCCCACCGACACGGCACGCGCGACACCCAAGCAGAACGUGGUCGACGUCGGCGGUCCCAGGAAGCGGAAACAGGCCAAGGUGGUAGGGGAGGAGUCCUCCGCCGGGCGAGACCAGACGCCGCCCAAGGAGCUCGCAUCCACCAAGCCCAAGGGGAAGAAGAAGAAAAUCAAACUGUCUUUUGACGAUGCGUAAAC